UGAAAUUCCAAAUCAGUGCCCUUUACAUAUUUGCAUGUUGGCCACAACAGCCCACCUAUCCACCCACCAUUCCCUUCAUUCCCUACCAUGGCUUAUGCAGGCCACCAAGAUGCUUUCACAUUUCAACGCGACCCUGAGCAUAACGAUGCAGCAACCAGCCCUGUUUGCUCAAUGCUCGACGCAUUGAUGCAUCCCGUUCCACUCUCUGUCCUCGCUCUUUCAGUUCUCGUCGCUAUGGGAUUCGGCCCGCAGUUAUACUACAAGGCCUCUCGUCGAUUGCUGCAAAUACCCGUUUCUGAUCUCCAAGACGAAACUCCCCCAAAGGCUCUCAAUGAGUUUUCACCAAAGAAGCUGGAGCAACCGCAAGCUCAGCAGGCGGGAAAGAAGAAACGCGCAAAGGAGCGACAGAAGCGCGCAAAGGAACCUCUGAAGGAGAUCCCUGCUAAGCUAACGAAGAGUGGAAAAUCAAGCUCGUUCGCUCAGCUUCCAAGAAAAAAUGAAUAUCAAACGCGACAUCAACCGCCUUUGCAUCGCUCGCGUACGGCCGUUCACAAUACUUUUGCCGAUGAAAGCACCUUUUCUGGCUCCAGUGCGGCAGGAGAUGAUGACGGACAUGUGGAUCCGUCCUCUACACUACCAUCAACACCAACCGCGGAUGAGCCCCAUCAAACCCCUACACAGAAAAAUCUCCCCAUUUCCGUGCCCUCAUUCCCAAAACUCUCUCCCCCACUCCCCGCAUCAUCACUGACUGUGUCUCUACUCUCUCGAUUCGCAGAAUCACCAAGUUCACUGCAAUUUGCACCGGCUGGACCAAGCGCCGAAUCACCGAUCGUUCCCUCUCCCGACCACGACUCACGAACAUUGACCUCAUCUCCCACCUCGCCUUCCGUACUCUCGGGUAUCGCAUCGACUACCCCUUCAUCACUCCUUUCCCCCCAAACCCCUCCCGUACUUCCCCUUCCUACCUUCCAAUCAUUACCAACGAAUAUUUCAGAGAGCGACGAAUUGUUAUUCCAAGACCUUAAUAGUCAUAUUGCACCUGACACCGAUAAUCUCUGGAUCGAAGGUAAUAGCAGGGCUCAGCCUCGAUAUGGCCACGAGGCAGUGCAAGGCACAAAGAUAGCUACGUCUGUUUCUGCGCCGGUAUGGGACAGCUCACUAGACUGGGACAAUGAAAGCAACAAACGGGGUUCCGAUAGUACGUUGCGAGGGCAAAGCGUCAAUUCAUCGAGCGUGGAGACCCUAGUAUUGCCCGAAAUAGCCGAUUCGCCUUACUCCGUCUCCCCCCGGGAGAACAAUUCUCUUUCCCUUCGCUCAAUGACCCACCGCCUACCCCUUCCAAUCUUGAUCUCUCUGCCCCUCAUGAUAGUGUGCCUGAGGGGUUGGACGUUGGUGCUCUUCGUGCGGCUCUUGAGGAAUCAAAAGCGAACGAAGAAAGGUGGAGAUUGGGAUGCGUGAGACGCGGAGAGGAAAUUGAAAGACUUAAAUGGGCUUGGACCGAAGAGGUCAGGAAAUGGUCCAGAAGGGAAAUGGAGAUGCAGCAGCAAAUAUAUCGAUUUAUAAGCAUGCAAACUGUGCAAUUGCAGCAGCAACAAUACGGUGUCCCAUCCCCGGUC